AGCAUAUAUUUCCGGUUUGACAGUUUCAAAUUUUGACACGCAGAUGGCGCAUCAAUCGCUCAAUUCCAGGCACCAAAAUUUUUUUUGUGCCUGGGUUUUUGGUGCCUGACUUGAUACAAACAGCUGUUUAGUGUUCAAAUGGACAAUCCUCUGAAUCAAACAGCGGAAAGCUGUUUGACCUGUACGAGAAAACCGCUCAAUUUCUAUCGAAUAGUCGACACCGGCGACGAUCGAAAGCCAAAUAUCAGUGGUAUUCUCUGUAGGCAUUUUUGGUUCCAGGAGGACGAGUUUCAAAAUGAUGAAAUUAUCUGCAAGGUGUGCUGGGAGAAAGUUUCCGAAUUUCACGAGUUUUAUUUGGAGGUGGAAAAACUGCAUCACAGUAGAAAAGAUUCCGUUCCGUUGCCGGUAGCCGUGAAAAAGGAGGAGGAAAAGGAUGAUGAUCAGGAUAAAGAAAAAGACCACCUACAAGACAGCCUCACCGAGACAGAAAUCAAAGCGGAGCCAUUAGUUGAGGUCAGCGUUGAUCAGCAGACAAACUCGAACACGGAUUUUUCCGAGGCAUGUAGCGAUACAGAUUACGAACCGGAGGAGAAAGAAGAACCACCGCGAAGGAAACGGAAAUAUACGCGAAGAGCUCCCAGCGAACGGAAAGUUCAAAAAGAAAAGAAAAGCACGUAUCCGUAUUUGCCGAAAACACCAGAAGAGCGCGAAAGCGAAGAUAAGUUUAUCAGACAGCAUACGCGUUACAUGUGCGAAGAGUGUAAUGUCGAGUUCGAUCAGUUUCAUUUAUUUCAACGGCACUGUUUGCAUACGCAUGGCAAAGAAGGAUUCAUCACGUGCUGCGGUAUAAGACAUCGGAAGCGAUCGGUUCUGUUUCAACACGUUCAGCAUGCUCUGAAUCCGGACGCUUUCAAGUGUGAAAUCUGUGGUAAAACUUACAAGAAUCGGUUCGGGUACAAUCGUCACAAGAAGGAAAGUCAUGCUCCGGAGGAGGAACGGGUAUACAAAUGUCACCGUUGCCCGAAAUCAUUCAUCAAGGAAGGUGCUCUGAAACGGCAUCUGGACGAUCACGACACGCUCGACAAUGGCACGGCCAAAUGUGAAACGUGCGGGAAGUGCUUCAGCAACAUUAACAUAUUGAAAAAUCACAUCAAAUAUCGACACGUCAAACAGACGGAGUACAUCUGUGAUGUGUGCUCGAAAGGGUUUUACAUGCGAUCUACUUUUCUAACGCACCGGAAGACCCACGAAGUGCCGGCGGAAGAGUUGCGUAAACAGUGCACAAUUUGUUCCAAGUGGUGCAAGAAUCACGAUUACUGGCGAGUUCACGUGCGUCGACAUAAAAAUGAAGGCGAACUCAGUUGCGAUGUGUGCGGUCAUGUAUCGCCAAAUCUGAUGGCUCUGAAGGGACAUAAAUCAAGAAUGCAUUCGGGCCCACGGGUGUUUCCUUGUACGCUCUGUGGGAAAGAGUAUGCCCGUGCGAUCACCUUGAAGGAACACGUGGCCGCCGCCCAUACCGGCGAUGUCCUGUAUCGAUGCCCACAUUGUGAUAAAACAUUCAAUUCUAGUGCCAACAUGCACUCCCACCGAAAAAAGAUGCACCCGAAAGAGUGGCUCGAACAGCGGUUAGCGAAAUACGGUAAUCGUGAGCAUAAACUGUCAGCUGUCGGUGAAUAAAAAGUAUUAUGUGUUGCUAAAAAAAAUCACUAUUCAGUAUCAGCCGCUUUAAACGUGUAC